CUGACGUAGCCCGUGGUCCCGGGGAUCGUAUGAGGCUGUCCCGAGUGACAUAGCUGCGACACAAGAGGGGACUGAGAGAAGAACCGCAAAUAACAACGGCAGAAGCUACUUGGCUCUCCUGCCCCACCCCCCUCUACCUCAUUUUUUGAAGAAGAUUAAACCAAACAAGCAAUCAAAGCCUUUGGAAGAAUGAGUACCUACAACAUUUCUCUGAGUGGGCCGGCCCCGUGGGGCUUCCGAUUGCAGGGAGGGAAAGACUUCAACAUGCCCCUGACCAUCUCCAGGAUCACCCCUGGGAGCAAGGCACAGCAGGGCAACCUGGUCCAGGGUGACAUCAUCGUGGCCAUUGACGGGGUCAGCACUGAGGGUAUGACCCACCUGGAGGCCCAGAACAAGAUCAAGUGUGCCAGCUUUAACCUGGCCCUCACCAUGCAGAAGUCAAAGCGCCCAGCUUUGCAAAGUGCCACCCCAAGAAUCGACUCUCCCAUGCAACAGAUCCCUCACCAGAAGGGUCAAACAACCCAAAUCAAUGGCGGCCUCUCGGCCUGCAAUACCUCCUCCGUGUCACUAGAGGCGUCUGGCGAGACAAACUCCUACUCGGGGUCGCCCACCAAGAGGCAAACGCCAAGCCCCGGGGGCAAGACGACCCCCACAAAGAAGGCGCAGUAUAACACCCCUAUUGGGCUGUACUCGGCUGAGAACCUGCGAGAGAUGGCUCAGCUCCAGGAGAGCCACAGAGGAAAGGGCUCUGCAGCAGGCCUCUCGGUGGGUUCACUCCCUGUAAAAGACGCUCAGGUAGACAGUGCCUCCCCAGUGUAUCAGGCUGUCAUCAAGACUGCAGACAGGGACAUGGAGUUGAAUGACUGGGCCCGCAGCUCCUCCCAGGUGCAGUCCAAGUCCUUCCGCCUCCUUGCCCACAUCACGGGAACGGAGUUCAUGCAAGACCCAGACGUGGAACAUCUGAGGAAAUCAAGGGAAAAGUUUGACACCGAAUUUAAAGGGCCACGUUUUGCCAAAUUGAAAAAUUGGCACAAUGGCCUGUCUGCUCAAAUCCUUAACGUGCCAGAAAAAACCCUGGUUUAAAAUAAGCGUGAGACCGAAUGUAACUGUAGCAAUCAGAGAAGGGUAGAGCAGGUGAGUGAGGAGAAGGUCAGGCUAAAGAUCCUGGAAUGUGAGUUAGUGGAAAGAGGUUUGUUCAAUACUUGUUGAUCACAUGUUGUAAUGGAGAUUUUAGCCCAAUGUCAUCUUUCCCUCUUAUUUUGCUUAUGAAAGUUGAUCGUAGUUUUCAAAGUUAAUUGCAGCUGUAUAAAAAGUUGGAUUGUAUUUCAACCUUAAAUUAUCACUAUUUGAGCUUGACAUCGUGAUAUAAGUAUGAAUAAAAACGAUACCACUGAACGAAA